AUGGCUCAGUUUGGAACAAAGUACGGUCGCCAAACCGACGAUGCUGGAAACCCCAUUUGCUCUCCUCAGACAGAGGAGUGUGGAAUACCGGUUCGUCAGACAACUGAUCAGUGCGGAAACCCACUUAAGCAUGAACAUGUUGGCACCGGCACCACAUGGGAAUAUGAAAUGCCCGGCGGCUCCUUGGGUGACUAUUUGUCUGGCACGGGAACUAGAAUCGGAGGAGACGGAAGGGGAUUAGUGGGCAAACACAAGCAGCAACCGGACUUCCAUGGAGCCGCCGGAGUCAUAUUUUUCCGCUCCGGAAGCUCUAGCUCUGAGGACGAUGGAGUAGGAGGGAGGAAGAAGAAAGAGAAGAUUAAGGAGAAGUUGCCAGGUGGGCACAAGGAGGAUCAACAUGAGAAGAAAGAAAUCAUGGAUGGAUAA